GGAGGAGGCUGAGAGUCGCAUCCAGAGGUCCACAGAAGAGAAAAGAUGCUCUGCGCGGCAAAUCAAAUACAUGUAAUGAUGAGAUAUGACGACUUCACACCGACUACCGGAGAGAUGCCUCGCAUAUUUUAGCGCUUUCCCUCCAUUUCCGUUGCAGGAUGACCUGUCAGGUGCUACGUGCGUCUCGGUCCACAUCAGGAGAUGCGCACGGUGUUGCGUUUGUGUGUCUCACUCAGAAGAAAUGCAAUCUCACAUAAGUGAUCUUUCCUCUCUUCUCCUCGGAGGUUAUAUUCCUCAUCAGGUCGGAUCGCCCCGUUUUUGUGAUUGAAUGGCUGUCAUGACUUGUGCCCUGAGGACUGUGACGCCACGAAAGCAGGAGGAAAACCCCUCGUUUGGUUUUUAUGCGUCCUUUCAACCUCUCAGUAUUUACACCUGGUAAUUAGACUGGGAAUCUCCGUCAAAAUCUACUGAUCAAACAAUGGAAACACCUUCAGUAUAUCGACAUAAAGGACAAAGAUGUUGUCCUGGCUGUGAAUUUAUUUAAACAUUGCCAUGCUGGAAGAGUUUGGACUGAAGCGCGGAGAGAUUUGAUAACACGGUGGAAGAGAGAGAGGUGAAGACAUGGUCAUCACUGAUAGAAACACCGCCACCCCUGUACCUAAAAAGGAACCCCAAAAGAAGACGAGGAGGAAGACUCGCCCUCAUGGCCUGCCCUCUCCGGCUCUCUGCUGUGCCUGUGGCCUGUGCAUCAUGCUUGCUGGACUCAACAUCACCCUGGUGGGAGCCUUCGCCUUCAAAACACUGGUGCCUUCUGCCAAUCCCCCGAUCAUCAUCGGACCUAUCCUACUGCUCUUGGCCUUUUCCUUUUUCGGGGCCUGUUGCGUGUGCAGCCGCCUCCCCCCUCCCCACAGCUCAAGGUCCAAGGUGGGUGGCCGGGGUGCAGGGCUGAUGGGACACGGUGAGCUGGCUGGUGGGGCAGCGUUUGAAAUAGAGACCAGCGAGCACACGCUGCAGGAUACUACAGCCGUGCAGCUCAGCCCCACAUCCUCUCCUGGAUCAUCCCAGGCGUCCAGCCCAGAGAAGGAGUCUCCGGACGCGGCCCUACCAGGACCCUGCACGCUCUUCACCAUGGAGACCAAUGGUCCUUCAUCUGUGUCCGCCACCGCAGUGUACUCAGCCUCCACAGCAGCAGGAGGGGAGGUGAGGCUCAACCUGCCACGUGAAGAAGUGGUCGCCUAGCAGAGCAGAAACUCUUCCAAGGCCGGAGUACUGCCAGUGUAAAUAUUCUUCUGGGCCGAGGGCUUGCUGAGUGUGAUUGUUUCCUCUAGUUUACGUAGUGCCAUAUUUCUGGUUGUGAACAGUAUGCUUUUAUUUUUUUUUGCUGUGCAGCCAACUGGUAAUUAGCAUGCAAAGUUAAUGAAACAUCCAAGUGUUUUUGGAUCGUAGGUGUUGGAAUUCAAAUUCCUACCUCUUGUGCCGUUUAUUUUUUCCUACAGGUCUUUGUUUUUAAAGUGGGGCAUUAUGAAAAGAAGAGUCUGAAACCAUAAACAUUUAUCUCUCACUGCUACUCUGGUUUGCAGUAAACUCACCUGUCAGCAGUGAUUUCAGAGGGCUGGAGUGGAAAAUGUGAUUGUGGAUUUGUUCUGAAAACUUUAAGAUUAGAUGUGAAAGGUCAAUAGUGAAAUGUACAGUUACAAUUGUAGUGACAUUUGGCAUUUUGUGUGCCAUACUCAGUGCUGAACUUGUUUUGGGGGCAUAAGAUAUUAUAGGUCACAGGGGUCCCAAAGCAAUAUCCUCUCACCUGAGAUUAAAUCCUCUGCAUUUAUAGUUCUUUUCACAGGUACACACUACUCGUCUACUCGUCUACUCGUCAAUACAUUUGUGAUGAACAAUGGUGCAUAUGUUACAGUACAUUUAUAUGUAACUGUGUACAAUGUUGGAUCAUGGAAGUGUUUUUCUUGCAGUUUGACAAACAUCUGUCACUACAACAACAUCAACACUGUGAAUAUUAUGUUCCUCACCACAUUCUUUUUCAAUUUCAUAUGUACAUUUUCAUUGAAGGUACUGUAGUGUCAGUUUUAAGGUCACGCUCAUCAUGAUAUUUUCAUUAAUUUAUAUAAAGUGCAAUGCAGUUUAGGUCAUGAUCCAAGGGGAAUAGGGACUUACCUCACCGUUAGGCUUAGAAAUGUGUCAUAAUGAUGAUAUUUGUCAUUAUGAAUUAGAAUUUACAGUGGAACUCCACACAGGAAUGUUUUACAAAUGUGAACAUGUGUAAUUCACAGUAUUUAAUCCUUAUUUUUAAUGUCUGAUAUGACAAAUUGAAUUUCAUGUUGAACAUAAGUUAACCUCCACCUGGACCUUGUAAGCCUACACGCAAUGGGCAAGCCAAGAAAUCUGACACAUUUUAGAUAUUCAGAUUGUAUAACAAAAUCUGUUCCCCAUCACUGUGAUGUCUUCUUGACAAGAGACAUUCAAACCCUGAUUUCCUUUGAAAGGAAAGUUGCCUUAGACUGAGACAUCAGGAUCAAACUAAUGAGGGCUAUAACAAAAGUGCACAAUAGCGUUUCUCUUUAGAAAGCCUCUGUUUGGCUCUGGAUUUCUAUUCCACAUUGUUAGGAAAGCCUCAACAAGUUUGUUUUUUUGUGGGUUGACAAAUGCGUGCAAAUGGCUUCAAUGUUCCAUCUCUGCAGAAAUGUAUAUAGAGUAGCAGGAGAGUGAACACCUGCAGUGACCAGAGCGUUUCCUUAUACAGUGUUAACCUUCAUUUUUUUGUGACACAGCUCCUCAAAAGGACCAGUUUUAUCUGUCAAAGCUCUCGGUCGUGCUGAGCUUAUUUGUUUGCAUGUUCAGAGAACUGAGUCAUGGAAUUUGCAAACACCCUGUUGUGAACUAUUGGUGUUAUCUGUGUGUUUUAAUUUGUGUAGCACUUCUACAAAAAUCUCAAAAAAUGUAAAGGAUAGAAUAUUUUUGUGAAGAUUAUAAUUUGUUUAUUUUAAAAAUGACGAUCCAAUUGUGAAUCCUUCAAAAGAUAUAAAUAAAAAAGGCUCUUUCCAAA